GGGAAACAGGAAAAAGUCACAUGGAGCCAUAUCAGGCGAAUACGGUGCUUGCGGAACGAUAUUAACAUUAUUUUUGUUCAAAUAAUCGCGAACAAGACGUGAUGUGUGAGCUGGUGCAUUAUCGUGAUGCAAGAACCAUGACUUGUUGUCCCACAAUUCCUUCCUUUUCAGACGAAUGUUCUCGCGCAAACGCUUUAAAACGUCUAAAUAAUAUUCAGCGUUAACCGAUUUUGCGAUUUGUGCGAUUUUCAAGCACAAUUUCCUUUACUUUUCCGAUGUUUUCGUCGUUUACUGAUGUUGCUGGACGACGUUCAUGAGGCAAGUUUUCAACCGAUGUACGGCCCUCUUUGAACGAUUUGUACCACUGGAAAACACGUGCACGCGAUAGAGCAGAGUCCCCAUAGGUUGUCUGCAACAUUUUUAAGGCGUCUGAAGCCGAAAUUUUGUUGGAAUAACAAAAUUUCAAACAAAUUCUUUGUUCAACUUGAAUUUCCAUCGUUAAAUUCGAAGAACACACUCAAGCUUGACUUGUUUACAGUAGCACAGAAAACAAACUAUGUGACAUAUCACGCUGAAAUUUGCCAUAUACAGGCAUGUUCUGCAAAUCGUUUUCGGGCAAUAUUUUCGCAUUUUCCGUUUUCAAAUCGUUUGACAUGUUCUGUAAAUCGUUCCGUUUUCGUUUUUUUUCGAACAUCAGCAAAUCGUUUUUUCACCCUGUUCUGGAAAUCGAAAUCGUUAAAAUUUUCCAGUUUUAUUUUCGGCAACUUAAACGUUAGCGGUUUGUGACAUUCUUAUAAACUGUUUGUUGAAAUAAAUUUAUCAAAAUGGGAAAACACAAGAACUCCAAGCAAGAGCUAAUUUUAGUCGAGUUUAUGGAAUCUCAUCCAGAUUUGGCGAAGAAUUUUUCGAAGGGCGACAGAGUUGCUGUUGAGGAAAAGUGGAAAGAGCUAACGACGCUGCUAAAUGCAGAAGGGCCGCCCCAAAAAGAUGUUAAUGGAUGGAAAAAAAUAUGGUCUGACUGGAAGGGGUGCAUUCGGAAAAAGGUUGCCCAUAACAAUCUAGAAUCGAGGGUAACAGGAGGUGGACCCUUUAAUAAGCAUGUACUGACGAGCAACGAAGAAUGUGUUGCAAGAACUUGUGGAAUUUUUGCCGCCGUUGAGGGCAUAAGCCAUUCUAGAAGCUUUGGGACAGAAGAAAAUAAUAGCGCUAUCGAAUCUGAGGAAGAACGUCCCCAAACAAGUAGGGAAGCGGUGGCUACCCCGAGAGCUGCAAAAGGGCCACGAGUGUCAACGCAGGACAGCCUUCAGUCGUGUAUGGCAACGCAAUCUAGUUGUAUAGAGAAAAUAUCCACCACUUUAGAUAACAUUUGCGAAAACCAACACAAGAUUGCAAAAUCGCAGGAAGAUGAAAGGGAAGAGAUUCGAUGACUUUGUCGUGCUGUUGAGAAACAAAAUGAAUUGCUGGCAGGGCAAAAUCGCUUGAAGACUCAAAGUAUAGAGCAAAAGCAAAGACAUUACCUCAAAAUGGAGCAGUUGCAACAUGAAACAGUUAAUAUUAAAACUAAAAUGCUUGAGAUAGAGACUAAAAAAUAAAUAUAAAAGAAUCUUAUUGAACUGUUAUGUAUAUAUUUACUUUUAAUAUGAAUAAAUUUUAUGUUUCAUAAUAUUAAAUUUCUAGCAAU